GAGGAGCCAGGCGGGAGGGUGGACCAGAGGAAGACGGACCUCUACAUGCACCUGGUGAAUAGGAAGGACCACUCGAUCCUGCCGGUGGACCAGGUCCUGAGGGUCAUCGACGACAACGUCGACAAGCUCAACCAGCUUUUCAAGGACUAUAACGUAUUGGACUCGGCGGCCUCGAGGCCGAGACUGCUGGAGAGCGAGAGUCAGACCCUGCUGAUCCUCUACCUCGGGGGGGCCACGGCGCUCCUGGCCAUCCUCCUCGCGCUCACGGUCGGGAUCUGCAUCCACCAGCGGGUGAAGUUCUCGCGGCAGCUCAGGGCCGCCACGGCGACGGCGUUCGGAUCUCACGCCUCGGGCUUGGACGGGCUGCCCCGCACCUCCCACGCCCCGAACACGAACAUCCACGCCGUGGAGGGCAGCAACCCCGUCUGGCUGCACGGCUACGACAACGAAUGGUUCAAGCAGGAAGCGCCCAUCGACAACAGCCAGACUGAUAGUCAGGGAGGAGAUUCCCUGGAUGAGAACGCGGUGCUCGAGGACCGGUCUCUCCCCUCCACUGCUUAUGUGAGAGAUUUUGAGCCUCAUUUCACCAGG